GCGGAAAGGGGGCAAAUUCUGGGACGACAAUUUCGGCGAUCGACUGCUGAAUCCUGAGGAUCUUCGUCGACAAGACCCGAGUUUGGUUCGCGUCUCGGUGGACUCCGGAAGGCUUGGGUUUUUUCUCUCAUCAAGGUUUUAUGAGCUGCAUUUUGGUGUUGUCUUAAAGUUUGGAGGCCAAAAUGUCGUCUUGCCGGCAGUUCUCACGGAUCGAUACCGCUGAGCUCAAGUCUCAGCUAUUCAAGAAGCUUGGGCGCCAAAAAGCUGAGAGGUACUUCUAUAACCUCAAGAGAUUACUUAGCUUGAAACUCAGCAAGUUGGCGUUCGAGAAGUUGUGCUAUGGGAUUAUUGGGAAGGAAAAUCUUGCCCUUCAUAAUUUGUUCAUCAGAUCGAUCCUUAGCAAUGCUUGUCUCGCACUUGCACCACCUAGCAGAGAAACGAUCACGGGAAAUUCGCGGACAUCUAAAAUGUCAAGCUUUGGUGAAACUUUCCCGACAUCACCCAGGAGGGGAAGGUCGAUAAACAGCAGGGACAGGAGAUUAGGUGACCGAGCAAGCCUCCUAGGGCCUUAUGGGAAGAUUCCUCCCGGACAUGUUCAAGAAGUCACAAAUUCUUGUGAUCUACAAAGGUCGAGAGAGCAGCAAAGUGCUCCGGAGUUGAUAUCCAUUGGUAGCAAAGCUCUAGCAUCUGUGGAAGAUGGGGAAGAGGUUGAACAAUUUAGACAUAGCCCGAGUGUUCAAAGUAGAAGUCCUCUAAGGCCUCCUCUAGGCAUUCCGAUGGCUGCUGGUGAUCUUCCACGCAAAUCAUAUCGUAGUGGAUUUGCUUCAAGCUUUCGACAUGUCCAGUCAAACAUGAUUGUUGGCUGUCAUCGCACUUCUCAACUGCCAGAUACGAGGACUUUGAUGGGUUGGUUGGAGCGUAAGUUGGAGGCUGAGGGCUUUGGUUUGUCAAUUGACUGUGCAAAUGUCUUAAAUCAUGGACUAGAUGCACUUUUGAGGAGGUUGAUAAAACCCUGUAUGGAUUUAGCUAGAGCAAGGCACAGUUCAAUUAGGAUGACUCGAGCAAAUGGAAAUAUUUUUCCAAAUACAAAAGGUUUAUGGCAACUGGAUCAAGUGCAAACCUCAAAUGAGUCCUCCCAUGCUUCUUUACUUGAUUUUCGGCUGGCCAUGGAAUCCAAUCGUGAAUUACUUGGUGGUGAUUGGCCUCAACAGCUUGAGAAAAUAUGUUUGCAUUUAUCGGAUUAAUGAAAUAUGACCUGUGCAUGGUUCAGUCCCUUUGUUGUUGUGAUUUCAUGGUCAUUCCAAAUUAAAAGUUCCUGUGCCUCUUGGAGCUUUCAAUACUGUUGAAGUAAGAAUAUGCAACUAUUGUUCUUCUAAGAAUCUAGAACGGAAAGAGAAUGUUUCAGUUUCAGGACACCGUGAACUUACACAUCAAACAUCAUGCCAACAUUUGUCAGAGGACAAAGAGAUACACUUUCCCCUUGAUAGGUUCGAUCAUUCUAAAGCUGUUGAUUUCUUGUGAUGGAUCUACAUCCUAGUUAUUAGUUGUAAAAAUUUUCCAAUUUGUAACUAUUCAUUUUAAAGAAAUAAAGUUCAGACAUUUCUGAAUAUUUGAUUUGUGCUUGUACAUGAAGUUAUUCACCUGUUGUGUUUUUUUUACAAUUACAACAAGGCUUUCUUUUAUCAACUUUACAAAGUGAGAUAAGAUUCAUUAACCUUCCAUGCUUUAUCAAAUUUUAAUUGAACAUGGUGUACAAUCAAGCCUUUAACUGUCCAUAUAUUGUUUUCAUUUAACAGACCAUGGUCUAGAUAUUAUUAUUGCUUUAAGCAUCAAAUCAAUUUAAUUAUAGUCUUUGAAGAACUGAUGUAGAUAUGGGAUGCAUAUACAACAUAAGGAGGAUAAACCAAUAUGCCAAAAUCUUGAAAAUAUAGGAAAUGAUAUGGAAUAUGUAUGGCAAAUGUAGUGUAUAGAAAUCAUUUUGUAUUUUGCUAGACUAUCAGAAAAUUGUAGCUAGAGAUCAUGAUGAAUAAUAAACAAUUGAGGAGCAUCCUUAUCAUGAAGAAGUUAUCUUUAGUAUCCAAAUGCUCUACAAAUGUUUUUAAAGAUAAAAAUUAAUGAUGAAAGGAGUAAGAUAAGAUCACCAUCUUAAUUUUCGUUAAGAAUAACCUUAUGCUUAUUAUGAACAACAUGAAACAUCAUAACUGAAAUCAUAUAUCCAUUGUGAACAAUGUUCUUUUGGUAGGUAUUGUUGGGAACCUUGGGACAUUCUCACAAGUAUUCAAUAAGUAUAUAAUAUUUUAGUAAUAAUUUGAAAAUUAGAUAAUCUAUGGCAAGGUUUUUAAAUUUCAUAUUAGGUUUGUACACUUUGUUUGGACCUGAAGGCUUAGUUCUAGGAAAAAGAAAACCAGCUUUUGAACAGUAAAAACAUCAAAAGAGAUGUGCGGAGAAGUCAAGAAAUGUAGGUAUCAUAGAUUUAAAUUUCAUGGUAUACUGCCUGGUGUGCUUUUUAUCGAGUCUAGCUAGUUUGUGAAUUAUGGUAUGUCGCAAAACCUUCAGUGUCUAUUGUGAUUUCACCAAGAUUGUUCCAGGCUGUUGAUGUCUGUCGUGUUUCUUGACUUCCUCCUCAUAAACCUGCAAAGAAGAAAAGAAAUGGACCAACCUGCAAAGAAGAGAAGAGGGCCUGGACAAGUCAAACCUCUCCCUUUGUUUGUGAUUGUCGGCAACUUAUUCUAUCUGAGGCAAUGAGAAAGAGUAGUGAAGGAAUAAGAGAAGCACCCGUACGUAUCCCCCUUACCCCUUCUUUUUUGGUUUCUCGACCUUUUCUUCUUUUGUUCAGUGGGUGUGGCUAAUAUAUCAUCUGUAUGAAGUAUGAUAUUAGUGCAGUAAAGGACCAGUAUGGGGUAUCAGUACUGAAGUGGGAACCCUUGGUAGAUAAUUCUAAGCUUGAUGUAACUUGACUGACCAUAUUCUCCUAUCUGCAAUUGUUUAUCGAUCAGUAUACAUUUCAUGCCAAAAUUAUAAAAAAUGGCAUUGCGUUGAAUUGAUUAGUGUGAGACACGUAGCACAUAAUGGAACUCUCAUGACCUAUCGAAUUCAUUCACAUCCUAAAACCAUGAUGAUAUAACCUGAUAAAUCUCCACUGUAAAUAAAAGAUGCCAUCCCAAGUAUGAAUGGAGCCUCUAAUAUCUCGGACCUAUCUAUUAUUAUUCUAAUUCCCAACUUCGUCAGCUUUUUCUGUUAUAUUGUUUGACUGGGCAGCCGACUUGUUGCAUUUACAUAUUUUUAGAAUUAUCUUGUUUGAAUUUUGAGGAGUUGUCAAGCCUACGUGUUUGAGUCAACAGAUUGAAAUAUUGGAAGUUAGCUUGUAUUCUGUAAUUUUAAACUACUUAAUAUGUGCUACUUAUUUUUGAAAAUAAACAUUCUUCUUUCUUCUGUUGCAAAUUUCGUCUCUUUAUUUGUUGUUAUUAUGUCAAAAACAUCGAAGAGCAAUUUGAGAUGAUAUGAGGUGUAUGUUUGCAUGAGCACAUGAUGAACGGGUCACACUGGUUUCUCUUCAAUAUCACAAUAUCAAGUAACAGUUAAUAUACAGAUCCCAUUGCAUCUUUAUUUCUUUUUCCUAGAUGCAUUUUGUUGUGUAACAUCUUUACUUUUCUUACAACUGGACUGCUUAGAGACUUUGAAACACCAGUAUCACCCACAUAACUCUAGGUUUUUGUAGUCAUUUCCAUCAAUGUCAGCUGGUUAUGGAGCAUGGCUCAGAAUUGGAAUUGCUUCAUUGAAGAUUUGCCAAAAGAGGGCAUGAGCAUCCGUCAAGCAAGGUAAGCCAUGUAAACUAGUUUUCAGUUUCAGCCAAGGCAAAAUUAGGCAAGAGAGAGAGCCUUGAGCAAUACCCUAAAUUGUUUAUCAGCAGUCUGCCUGAGCCUUGGAGCUGAAGCUUAUAUGAACAUUAGCAAUCCUCAGAUAUUUCGGAUUUCCAAUGAACUGGAUGAGCAUAGAAGAGAAGUUACACACUUUGCCAUACAGAACUAUCUUCAUGUUGAAGGCACAGAUGGUUGAUGAUCCAAUGGCACAAGAGUAUUACCUGUUCAGAAAUCUGAUUUGAAAAUUUUGAUCAUGUUGUAUCUUGUCAAAGUAGUUCUAAUGAUAUCGCCCGGUUGUUGUAUCAUAAGAACCCUCCAAUUCUUAUGGGUCAUCAGGAUCUGAAGAUUCCAUUGAAUUGAAUUAUUUCAGUUUUCUCCCUUAUUUUUUUGGGUUUCGCUUAAUUAUGAUGAAUCAGUUCAUCUGGUCUAUCUCUUGACUUUGUAUAUAAUUUUCCAGCAGUAUGUAUAACUGGAUGUGGCAACACUUUGUGUUAUUAAAAAUGAGAUUCAUUUUUUCUCAAA